AGCAUCUUUUCUCCUUUGUGAUUGGCUGUCUUCCAAGGCUCGACAUUACAGUUUUUCGGGGGACCGGAGGACAACGGCGAGGAGCGCAAGGAAAAGGGGGCUACUGAACAUUUCUCAUUGUUGGGUUCCAUAAAAUUCCAAAACGUCUUACGCAAUGAGAGGCGAUCGGGGCCGGGGCCGGGGUGGCCGGUUCGGUUCUCGAGGGGGGCUCGCACAAGGUUAUCGUCCCUUUGUCCCACACAUCCCAUUCGACUUCUAUGUGUGUGAGAUGGCAUUCCCUCGUGUGAAGCCUGCCCCAGACGAAACAGCCUUCAGUGAGUGUCUUUUAAAGAGGAACCAGGAUCUGACCCCCACGUCUACUGAACAGUCCUCCAUCCUGUCCCUGGUGACCAAGAUUAACAAUGUAAUAGACAACCUCAUCGUGGCCCCUGGAAAUUUUGAAGUGCAAAUUGAGGAAGUUCGUCAGGUGGGCUCUUACAAGAAGGGCACCAUGACAACGGGACAUAAUGUAGCAGACCUGGUUGUCAUUUUGAAGAUAUUGCCUACAUUGGAGGCUGUGGCAGCCCUGGGGAACAAGGUUGUGGAGACCCUUCGCGUCCAGGACCCAGCAGAAGUGCUGUCCAUGCUCACUAACGAAACGGGAUUCGAGAUCAGCUCUGCGGACGCCACGGUGAAAAUCCUCAUCACCACUGUGCCCCCCAACCUGCGCAAGCUGGACCCUGAACUCCACUUGGACAUCAAGGUGCUGCAGAGCGCCCUGGCUGCUAUCCGCCACGCCCGCUGGUUUGAGGAGAACGCAUCUCAGUCCACGGUCAAAGUUCUGAUCCGCCUGCUGAAGGACCUGAGGGUCCGGUUCCCCGGCUUCGAGCCCCUGACACCCUGGAUCCUGGACUUGCUGGGUCACUCUGCUGUCAUGAACAACCCAUCCAGGCAGCCCCUCUCCCUGAAUGUGGCCUACAGACGGUGCCUGCAGAUGUUGGCGGCCGGGCUCUUCCUGCCAGGCUCCGUGGGCAUCACCGACCCCUGUGAGAGCGGAAACUUCCGGGUGCACACAGUCAUGACUCUGGAGCAGCAGGACAUGGUGUGCUUCACGGCACAGACACUCGUCAGGAUUCUCUCUCAUGGAGGUUACAGGAAGAUCCUGGGCCUGGAAGGGGAUGCCUGCUACUUGGCCUCAGAGAUGUCCACCUGGGACGGAGUGAUCGUGACGCCGUCGGAGAAGGCCUACGAGAAGCCUCCGGAGAAGAAGGAAGGCGAGGAUGAGGCACUAGAAGAUGGAGCGGAGGGAGAGGAGGAGAGCAUGGAGACCCAGGAGUGAAUGUUGGGGUGGUGUCUACAUGAGUUCCAGUCUUCUUUGGCAUGGCAUCCCAAAAGGAGAGAAGAUCUUUUUUUUUUAAAUGCAUUUUUGUACCUGGAUUGAAGGCGUUUUGUUUACGGACAGGCAGAAUCACCCACACACCCAGUUUUGACUUGUUAAAUAUUGAUGUUUUCUUAUGUCUAUAGGGAAUUAUAAAGAAAUAAACUCUGUUGGGUUUUUAACUGUUCCAAUCA